AUGAAAAGAGUGAAGGAGGUUUUCUUCUUCUUCUUCUUCCUUGUUUCUCUAGAAGGGCUCCAUGGGAGGGUGCGACUCAAUGUGUAUGUUAUGGGAUUCGCCUUAGUUGGGAGCGUGGGUUCCGUCGGGAUUGUUGUCUUCUCCGACUCGCGGGAUGCCCUAUCGCUCUUGGAGCAUGGGUGUGGGAGGUUUCAUGCUUAUGCUGCUGUUUUUGGCUUGGUUCGCGAGCUGCUGAGUAAGGAUUGGGUCGUGAGGUUUGAUCAAAUUCUUCGUGAGGGCAUCACGAUUGCGGAUUUUUUGGCUAAGGAUGGUGCUCGAGGGACUUGUCAGAUGCGUUGUUUGGAUUCUCCUCCGACAGAAGCAGCUCCUCUGCUUGCGGCUGAGUACCGUGGCACUCUCUUUAUGAGGCGCUAG